AGCAGUGGCCACCAUCAGUUGAUUUACACAGAACUGCCACCUCAGCCUCAACCAGCACAGCUCAGGUCACAGAAAGGGGAACUGGAUGCAGGCCUGGAAGCCAGCCUGCACCAUGCCUGCCUGGGGGGCCCUGUUCCUGCUCUGGGCUGCCACAGAAGCCACAAAGGACUGCCCUGCACCCUGCACCUGCCAGGCUCUGGAAACCAUGGGGCUGUGGGUGGACUGCAGGGGCCGAGGGCUCACAGCCUUGCCUGCCCUGCCACCCCACACCCGCCACCUCUUGCUGGCCAAUAACAGCCUUCGUUCUGUGCCUCCCGGCGCCUUCGACCACCUGGUCCAGCUGCAGACACUCGACGUGACGCAGAACCCCUGGCACUGUGACUGCAGCCUCACCUACCUGCACCUCUGGCUGGAGGACCACACACCAGAAGCCCUGCUGGAUGUCCGCUGUGCCAGCCCCAGCUUCGCCACCCUCCACCCGCUGGGCCAUCUCACGGGCUAUGAGCUGGGCAACUGCGGCUGGCAGCUACAGACACCGUGGGCCUAUCCAUGGGUCUGGUGGGAUGUGGCCCUGGUGGCUGUGAUCGUAAUCGGCCUGGCUCUCUUGGCAGCUAUACUGUGCACCGCCAGAGAGCCCCUGCUCCUGGGCUCGUUCAUCAGGCCAAGUGGCCAGGCCUGAGCCCCUGUCCAGACUCCACCAGCUCUGAUCAGCCACCAGCAACUUGAAAUAAACUGGCUGCUCAGCCAUUUUAUCCA